CGGAAGUGCCGCCAUGUUGGUACACCCCUUGCUUAAAUCCCCUUCACUGAGUUCGGUGUCUGUGGCUCCCGGGGGCCACAAUGAAACUCAUCAGCAAAGAGCUGGAAAAGGACAAUGCGGGGCAGGUCACGCUGGUUCCUGAAGAAGCCGAGGACAUGUGGCACACGUACAAUUUAUUGCAGGUUGGGGACAGCCUACGGGCAUCAACGAUAAGGAAAGUUACGACUGAAUCCGCCACAGGCAGUGUAGGCAGUAACCGUGUGCGCACAACACUAACAAUCUGUGUGGAGACCAUUGAUUUUGACUCCCAGGCCUGUCAGUUGAGAGUCAAAGGAAUCAAUAUCCAGGAAAACCAGUAUGUAAAGAUGGGCGGCUACCAUACGAUAGAACUGGAACUAAACCGCAAAUUUACCCUGGCAAAAAAGCAGUGGGACAGCGUGGUCCUGGAAAGGAUUGAACAGGCCUGUGACCCUGCAUUCAGCGCUGAUGUGGCUGCUGUGGUGAUGCAGGAAGGUCUUGCACACAUCUGCCUCGUCACUCCAAGUAUGACACUUCUGCGAGCAAAGAUUGAGACCAACAUCCCAAGGAAGAGAAAAGGAAACUGCUCCCAGCAUGAGAAGUCUCUGGAGAAGUUCUAUGAGCAAGUUAUGCAGGGAAUUAUUCGACAUAUCAACUUUGAUGUGGUUAAGGUCAUCCUGGUUGCAUCUCCUGGCUUUGUCCGCGAGCAGUUCUGUGAGUUUCUCUUCCUUCGAGCUGUCAAACAAGAAAUUAAAAUCCUGUUGGAGAACCGUGGGAAAUUUCUCCAAGUUCACAGCUCAUCUGGACACAAAUACUCGCUGACAGAGGUUUUGUGCGAUCCUGCGGUCACUGCACGUUUGGCAGACACAAAGGCUGCGUCUGAGAUAAAAGCUCUGGGAGAUUUUUACAAAAUGUUAAAGAAUGAACCAGAUCGAGCAUUCUAUGGGAUUAAACAGGUGGAGAAAGCAAACGAAGCUCUGGCCAUCGACACCUUACUAGUUACAGAUGAGCUGUUCCGGCAUCAGGAUGUGGCCACAAGGAGUCGCUAUGUCAGACUGGUGGACAGUGUGAAAGAUAAUGGGGGAACAGUGAGGAUAUUUUCCAGUCUACAUGUCUCAGGAGAACAAUUGAACCAGCUGACUGGAGUAGCUGCCAUCUUGCGUUUCCCUGUGCCAGAUCUUUCUGAUGACGAAUCCAGUUCGGAGGACGAUUAAUGGGUCACAUUUUUUGCCUGUGAAGGUCUUAGUACUUUGAAGCAGACUGUGUGCAUACCUAACAACUUGCUUGGAAAACCACCAAGGAACACGAAGGUUGAUUUGCCGCCCUCCACAGUAUUUAUUAAUACGAUCACCAGAAUCAUGGGGACAAAAAGGCCGCAGUCAGGUUGUGAAUAUUGGACUAUGUGAUGGCCCCGCAUUUCUGGAGUCACAAGCUCACUGCUCUCAUGUAUUUAGAAUGUGUCACUCCACAGUCAUUGUGGAGCCCUUUCAAGCUGUUUGAUGGUUCUGAAUGAAUGGUAUGAUAAACGUGUGAGCUUUUUUUAAAUAAAUCUCCUAAAUCCCUGGUCCUCCCCGAUAAUAUCCAUUUUGUGGAUUGGCA